AUGAAGGACACGGGGGAGACCAAGGAGCAGCAGCUCACUGUUGCUCUGAGGAUCCGACCCCUCAACGAUGCAGAGCAGGAAGAGGCGGCUACGAUCGUGGCCCACAGGCUGGACGACCAAAUGGUGGUUCUGCUGGACCCCAUGGAGGACCCGGACGACAUCCUGCGUGCCAACCGCUCCCGGGAGAAGACUUACGUGUUUGACGUGGGGUUCGACUACACGGCCAAUCAGGAGGAGGUGUACAGAGCGACAACCAAAGGUCUGAUCGAGGGCCUCAUAUCGGGCUACAACGCCACUGUGUUCGCAUACGGACCCACAGGUUGUGGGAAGACAUACACCAUGCUGGGGACGGACAAGGAGCCGGGCAUCUACGUUCGAACGCUGAACGACCUGUUCCGUGCCAUCGAGGAGACGAGCGACGACAUGCUGUACAGCGUCUCCAUGUCCUACCUGGAGAUCUACAACGAGAUGAUCCGGGACCUGCUGAACCCGUCUUCAGGCUUCUUGGACCUGAGGGAAGACUCCAAGGGAGAGAUCCAGGUCGCCGGCAUCACUGAGGUGUCGACCAUCAACGCCCAAGAGAUCAUGGAACUGCUGAUGAAGGGAAACAAGCAGCGCACGCAGGAGCCCACCGCCGCCAACCAGACCUCGUCCCGCUCGCACGCCGUGCUGCAGGUGGACGUCAGGCAGCAGAGCCGCUGCCGGGACGUCCUGCAGGAGGUUCGCUUCGCACGCCUCUUCAUGAUCGACCUCGCCGGCUCCGAGCGAGCAGCACAGACUCAGAACAGGGGUCAGCGGUUGAAAGAGGGGGCUCACAUCAACCGCUCCCUCUUGGCUUUGGGCAACUGCAUCAACGCCCUGAGCGACAAAAAUGGCGCCAAGUACGUCAACUAUCGAGACAGCAAGUUGACUCGCCUACUAAAGGACUCGUUGGGCGGGAACAGCCGAACGGUCAUGAUCGCCCACAUUAGCCCCGCCUCCGUGGCGUUCGAGGAGUCUCGAAACACGUUGACGUACGCCGACCGUGCCAAAAAUAUUCGAACACGGGUUAAGAAGAACCUGAUAAAUGUGUCGUACCACAUUGCUCAAUACACCAACAUCAUCUCAGACCUGCGCUCCGAGAUCCACCGGCUCAAGAAAAAGAUCGCAGACCAGGCGAGUCGCCAGGUCAACUCAGAUCGGGCCGACAUCCGCAACGUCCAGGCCGAAGUCCAGGCCCACUCCAGCCAGAGUCGGGCGGAGAUGGACCAGUUGAGGGAGCAGCUGCUGGACGCCUUCCGUCAGCAGAUGGAGAUCAGGAAGAACCUGAUGGAGCUGGAGAACAGCAACAUGUCGAACCAGAUCGACUCGUCCAAACACCUGCUCACCAUCGCAGACUGGGAGCAGGAGAGGAGCCGGCGCAGGAGGAAGUGGCGUGCAGAAAGGAGAAAGGAAAGUGUGAAUAAGGAUGAAAGCGAGAAGGACUCUGACUCCCCGGAGUCCCCCCCCGACAGCAACGAGACCCAGGAGGUGGCGAUUGCCCGUGAAAAUCUGGUCACGCUCAUGGCCGAGCAGAAAAGGAUUCACAAGCAAAAGACGUUGCUGGAGCGCAGGUUCCUGGAGCUCCGGGACCGCGCCCGGCGCCUGGAGGAGCUGCUGCCGCGGCGCGUGAGCUCCGAGGAGCAGCGGGAGGUGCUGGGCCUCCUGUGCAAGGUCCACGAGCUGGAGAUCGAGAACGCCGAGAUGCAGUCGCACGCGCUGCUCAAGGACAACGUGAUCCGGCAGAAGAACUUCGUGGUGCAGCGCUUCGAGCAGCACAGACACCUGUGUGACGACAUCAUUCAGCAGCAGAGACAGUUCAUCGACGACCACAGCCUGCUGGUGCCCCCCCACCUCCAGGAGCUGUAUGAUAUUUACAUGAGAGAGCUGGAGGAGAGGAAGCUGGACAGAGCCAUGGCCCUGGACAAGGUGACCACCAGACACACCAUCAAGGAGGGCUCUCUACCUAAGAUCACGCUGCCCGGUCACAACACGCAGGACGUGGACUCGGACCAGGAGAGUGUUCGCAACAUGUUCCCUGAUAACAGACGAGGCCAAGCCAAGAUCCGGAGGCACACUCUGCCCCCCAUUCUGCGUGAGCCUGAGCUGGACAAUAACAGAGUUUUUAAGAGCAGCCCUCAUGCCAGGCAGAUGAAGAACUCGGCUGUGAUGACGCCGCCUCCCAUCCACAUCAACCGGAAGGGCAACAGAGAGCUGCAGCCUCUGGCUCCUGAGAGCUCGCUGAGCUUCAGUCACCUCAGCCACAGCGUCAGCAGCCACCUCGACUCGUCGCCCGAGAGCAGCGAGGCCGGCGCCGAGAUCCCCCUGUCGCGAAACGAGCGGCAGCAGAUCCUGAAGGGCGUCCAGAGCAUCGUGGUGAAAGCUGCUCGCCGACGCUCCAAAGCCCUGGAGGUGGAAGCCCAGCGACUCCCCCCUCCCCCCUCUCCCCUGGACCCCAAGAAGCAGAAGAGCAGCCUCUCCCUGAGCGAGGCGCCACCUAGGGGUUUGCCACUGCGGCGCGGCAGGCAGCCCAGCCCCGAGCUCAGGCACGCCACCUCGGACGACAACCUGUCCAGCAGCACGGGGGAGGGACCCAGCCUGCAGGUGACCUGGACACGCCCGCGUAACCGCCAGGUCGCCGCCAAGAACCAGACGCCCAGAGAUGUGGACUUCGAGGCCCGACGCAAGAAGAGGCGCUCACGCUCUUUCGAGGUCACAGGUCAAGCGCUUCCUCAAACCAAGACGACCACAGCUCAGAGGUUUCGUCCCCUGGACAGCACAUCAGACCCCCACCUCCACAUCAACGGUCAGCCCCAGGCCCCCAGCCUGCGGCCCCAGUACCGAGGGGUCCCUCAGCUCGCCAAAGUCCGGGCACCCCACAACGGCCAGCAGACAGGUAACCUGACAUCACUGUCAUCGUCCACCGCCCACAUGAAUAACCAGAAGCGAGGGUCCCAGCUGCGGCAGCCCCAGCCCCUCCUCUACAUCACCACCACAGGCGCCGGGGGCCAGCGCACCCGCAGACACUGA